GCAGUCCCGGCGGCGGCGGCGGCGGCGGCGGCUGGAGGUGCAGCCUCCCAGGUGGGAGGCGGGGGCUGCGGGCGCAGGAAAAGGCGCCUUGGGAGCGGGUGCUCGGCGGGGCCUCCUCGGGCCCCGGGCGCGGCGCGGCGAGUGGGAGCGAGCGCGCCAGGACCACGCAGGCGCCCUGCUCCGGCUGGCCCUCGGCCGGCGCGCGGCGCGGGAGCAGCCCGCAGCCCGCCCCCCGCGCCCCCGGCAGCCCCCGGGCAGCCCGCAGCCGCCGGUCGGGAGCAGCCCCUCGGCUGCCCGCGCAGGCCGCCGGCCCGGGAGAGCGCGCGGCGGCGGCGGCGGCGGGACGGCCCCGAGCGCGCCCUCCCGCCUGCGGCCACUCGCAGCCGGCGCUGGCCGGGCCGGCGCGCCCCGCAGGCGGCCAGAGCGCGGCCUCGGCCUCGGCGCGGGCUAGCCCCGGGCCGUAGCCCGCGAGAGGCGGCGCGGGCGGCCGAGGGCACUGACGGCGUCGCGGGACGCUCCCGGGCGGCGGCGUAGCGGCAGCGGCAGCGCAGGGGGCGGAGGCAGGGGGCGCCCCCAGCCAGGAUGCUGCGGUUCCUGCGCCGGACCUUUGGCCGCCGCUCCAUGCAGCGCUACGCGCGGGGCGCGGCGGGGCGCGGGGCCGCCGGGCUGGGGGACGAGCGCGACGGGGGGCCACGGGGGGGCCCGGCCGCCGCCUCCUCCUCGGCGCUGCCCGCCGCGCCCGGGGGCAGCGUGUUCCCGGCGGGCGGCGGGCCCCUGCUCACCGGCGGCGCGGCCGUGCACAUCUCUGCCGCCGGCGCCGCCAAGGCCACCCUCUACUGCCGCGUCUUCCUGCUCGACGGGACCGAAGUGAGCGUGGACCUGCCGAAACAUGCCAAAGGCCAGGAUUUGUUUGAUCAGAUUGUGUACCACUUGGACCUUGUGGAAACAGAUUACUUUGGCCUCCAGUUCCUCGACUCUGCCCAGGUUGCGCACUGGCUGGAUCAUGCCAAACCCAUAAAAAAGCAGAUGAAAAUUGGACCUGCUUAUGCUUUACACUUUCGAGUUAAAUACUAUUCUUCAGAACCAAACAACCUUCGUGAGGAGUUUACAAGGUACCUGUUUGUUUUACAACUCAGGCAUGACAUUCUUUCUGGAAAAUUGAAAUGCCCUUAUGAAACAGCUGUGGAGUUAGCCGCUCUCUGUCUACAAGCGGAGCUUGGGGAGUGCGAGCUUCCAGAACACACACCAGAGCUUGUGUCUGAGUUUCGGUUCAUUCCAAAUCAGACAGAAGCAAUGGAAUUUGAUAUCUUCCAGAGAUGGAAAGAGUGCAGGGGAAAGAGCCCUGCCCAGGCGGAACUCUCCUAUCUGAAUAAAGCGAAGUGGCUGGAAAUGUAUGGGGUAGACAUGCACGUUGUCAGGGGAAGAGAUGGCUGUGAAUAUUCUCUUGGACUGACCCCGACAGGCAUAUUAAUCUUUGAAGGAGCUAACAAAAUAGGCUUAUUCUUUUGGCCUAAAAUUACCAAAAUGGAUUUUAAAAAGAGCAAAUUGACACUCGUGGUGGUCGAGGAUGAUGAUCAGGGACGUGAGCAAGAGCACACGUUUGUGUUCCGGUUAGACAGUGCCAGGACCUGCAAACACCUUUGGAAGUGUGCAGUCGAGCACCACGCGUUCUUCCGACUGCGGACGCCGGGUAACAGCAAAUCCAAUAGAUCCGACUUUAUCAGGCUGGGCUCUCGCUUCAGAUUCAGUGGGCGGACAGAAUAUCAAGCUACACAUGGCUCCAGGUUACGAAGAACCAGCACCUUUGAGAGGAAGCCUAGUAAACGUUAUCCAUCCCGGAGACAUUCAACGUUCAAAGCAAGCAACCCAGUGAUAGCAGCCCAGCUCUGCUCUAAAACAAAUCCAGAAGUCCAUAAUUACCAGCCUCAGUAUCAUCCUAAUAUCCAUCCCAGCCAGCCCCGGUGGCAUCCUCACUCUCCAAAUGUCAGCUACCCGCUCCCUUCCCCAGUGCCCAGCAGCUCAGACCGGUUGCCUUUUGGCAUUGAGGAAAAUGGGGGCACGCCGUUCCUCACCGCAGCUUCAGGAAGGCAUCACCACCAGCACCAGCACCAGCAUCAGCACCAGCACCACUCAAACUACAGCCUCUCACUGACCCUGGAGAACAAAGAGGGGCCUCUGAGGUCCCCAAACUCCAGCAGCAAGUCCCUUACAAAACUGAGUCCAGGAACACCUGCCUUGUUCAGUGAAGCCGCUGCCCAUCUAAAGAAGCUGGAACUGGAAACUGUGAAGGCUGCUGGACCCUGGCCUCCUCUGCACAUCAACAUAAACAAGGCUGAAGAAAAGAAAGUCUCAGAGAAAACUCUUCAGACUCCACUUUUGCCUUCCCCUGUUGCGGAUCAUGUGAAGUGUAACAUUCUGAAAGCCCAGUUGGAAAAUGCUUCCCGAGUGAACAUCCAGGGUGGAAAAGAGGAAUCACCGUUUGUAAAUAUCAAUAAGAAAUCCAGUCUUCAGGACGCUAGUGUAAGAAGUCCUAUUCCUAUUCGUGUGGAAACUGCCCAGCCAGCUGUGGAAAAGCCGGAAAUCAAGCCUCCCCGAGUGAGGAAGUUAACAAGACAGUAUAGUUUUAACCGCAGUGAUGAAGACGACCUCCCUCCAGACCUGGCCGAGGCAGUGGGAGUGACCACAGCUACAACCACAAAUAUCACAACUGCCGCCACACAAGUCUCCGUGCCGCUGCCGUCCCCCAAGGUCCAGAAUGUCAGCUCGCCUCACAAGUUAGAAGGCAAAGGCCUGCUGUCCCCCGGGGCCAAGAGCCCCUCUGACCGAGGAGGUGCCUUUACCCUGGAGCCGGGUGAUCUUCUGAUGGAUUUCACAGAAGCCACUCCUCUGGCAGAGCCCGCCAGCAACCCCCACUGUGCCCACUCUCGCUGUUCUCCUCCACUCUCUCUCCCCAUGAAGGAAGAGACCACUGGAGUUUGCAUGUACCCUCCAAUCAAAACGAGGCUGAUAAAAACAUUCCCGGUUGAUACAAUGAACCCGUUUCCUGAUGCUUUCACCACAGGGCCACAGUUUACUGGCUCAACUCAUUCUCUAAAUGAAAGCUUCUGCAGAAGCUCACUGUAUCAUGAGCAAUUAGAUGGAGCAGAAGUAAGGAAUCUGAGGUCCACACCUCCUUCCUCUCACUCUAUCCUCCUCCCAGGAACCAAAGCUUGCAAUUUCUAUGAUCCCCGAAGCUCCUUCCAAAGGGUUUUUGUGCCAUCUGGAGGAUCUGCAGACUUCAGAGACAGUAAAUUACAAUGCUGUCCUGGCCCGACUUCCCCGCUGAUCCCAGCAGCGACCCUGAGGCCUUUGACAGAGACCGUCUCCACAGUGCAGACCAUUUACACCACACGGAAACCUGUUUCUCUGGCAGCCAGUGCAGAGACACUCCGGCAGGAACUGGAGAGAGAGAAAAUGAUGAAAAGACUGUUGAUGACCGAACUGUGAAAUUCUCCCCUUGUCACCUGGAAGAUGGCAUGGUGCCUUCUGUCCGUCUUCUUUCUUUGGGCUACGUGUGCUCACUCUAGCACAACAUACAAAUGUGUGCUCUGUUCGCCCAGGUCUCCAUGGUUAGUUGAAGCCAAUUUCUGGCUUGACUUUUAUGGGAAAAGUUAUUUUAUGUCUCCUAAGCAUUAGAGUUUUUCUAUUACUCUAUGUAGUUGAGACAGGAUUUGAUAAGUCUAGGAAAAGAAAGAUGGGAAAACGGGAUUCCUUUUCAGAAGUACCUGUGUGUAUCUGUUAAUAACCACAGGGGUUAAUAUGAUGUGGGAUCUUUUACUAUCAAUUUCAACCAUUUGAUUUUGUAUGAUUGAAACUUGCACCGAGCUUUGACUGUUUGUUAAAGAGUCAUUUUUAAUGAAAGAAUAAUUCUUUAUUGCUGGUUUUUCAUUUACACUGAUAAAUAUACAGAUCUUAUAAAGUCUUUAACAUUCAUUUGUAUUCAGAUGUGAGUAGAUGAACUAAAAAAAGAAAGUUACAUAUCACUAUGACUGAAGGUACUUCAGCUUAAUCUGAAAUAUAAUUCAACUUGUGAACUCUUUGGAUAUGAUAUUAUUUGGAAUAAAUAGAAUUUAUCAUUGAACCCAAAGUAGGAGAUGAUAGCUUACAUUGUCUAAAAAUCCUUACAAGGUUAAGAUGAUUCAAUAUCAAGAAGAUUCAGAAAAUUAUUUCUAAAGUUGAUCGAUUCAAGUCCUAUUGAUAGAAUCUUGACCAGAAGAAGUUUUGCUCUUUUUAUAUAGUUUCAAGAAAUGUGUUUUUAAAUUUUUAUUAAUGCACUUGAACAACUUUGCAGGAAUAAAGGAACCCCCUAACCACAAAAUAUCCCUCUAAAUUAGUUCCCUAGCUUUCUCAAUGAAUACACACAUAUUUUUACAUAGCUAUGAUCAUUGUGUACAUUCUCCUUUGUUUUACUUCUCCGCCUAACACUUGUCUCCACUUGUCAACACAGAUUCUACUCUCACCAAUUUAAAUAUCUUUUAUCUGUGUAACAUGGGUAACCUCACUUCACCCCAUUAUUAGAUAUUUGAGUUAUAUCUAAUUUUUCAUUCUUAUAAAUAGUGCUGCUAUGAAUGUCUGUAAAAAAAAAACAAAACUGCUCCUUCUUUUGGAUUAUUCCCUUAGGAAUAUCUCCAAAGAGGGAUUACAAGGUCAAAGAGCAUGAAGUAUUUUAUAGCUCUUGUUUUAUAUUGCCAGAUUGCUUUCUAGAAAGAUCCAAUCUUUGGGUUGGAAGGACCUUAAAGGUCAUCUAGUUUAGCCUCCCCACCCCCUCUGAAUGCUUGAAUCCCCUCGACAAUUUAUGAUGCCACCAGCAAUGUAUAAGCAUUUCUGUUUACCAAUAGCUCUGUCAGUAUUGGGUUUUGCCAUUUUUAUUUAUUUUCGCUAGUUUAAUAGGUAUGUAUAGUUAUUCUUGAAGAGUUGUUUUAUUUCAUUAAUUGCUAGCAAGGCUGAGCACUUUUCCAUGUGAUGAUUUACUAGUUGUAUUUCCUUGUGUGUAAAAUGUUCAUUCAUUUCUUACGACCACUUGUUAAGAGGAACUGAUCUCAUAUAUUUGUAUCAGAACUGUAUUUUUAUGUUAUAUUGUAUAGUUUGCUCUCCUGUCCCUCUCCUUAAAACUGAAUGGUGCCAAUAAUUUGAUACUAAUGACUACAAAAAAAGGUAAUGCCUCAUUUACCAGUAUUGUUGUAAAAUGAGGAAUGUAUGCGAAUAUUCAGAUAACCGAGGAGUAACCCUUUAAGUGCUGAAUCUUUAAAAUUUUAAUAUUUUUUUUUGAGGGAAAUCUUUCUAAAAUGUAUUACGCACUUCCCUGCCUUAGUAAACAGAGUAUACUGGAGCGUAUUUAACCUUUUCUUCAUGAGUCAUGGUCAUGAUUAUAAACAUCAGCCCCUUUUGUACCUUGGUACGGUGCAGUGAUAUCAUUAAGAGCUAUCAAUAUGUGUAGGGCUUGGCUUGGCCUUUUAUAGGAUAUUAUGCUGUUCUCACUGAUGGUUUUUUACUGCUCUCUGCUCUAUCAGUGGAGCUAUCCGGGGCAACUGUAGCGUUUGGGGCCUUUUACCCCUAUGUCCCCCGGCUAUACUUUUAAAACAGCUUUAGCUGUUCUUUAUCUUGUGCACAUGAUACAAAAUAUGUUCCCGUACAAUAUGGGGCUGUCACUUCUUGCCAACUCAGCACCCUCUUCCUCUUCUAACCUGCUUUCUGAGGCUUCUGCUCUUCACCUCCUGCUCGCUGAUGGAAACCUCCAGGGCAAAGCUGAAGGUUUCUUGGGGAAGCCAGGAAAGCCAGUAUUUCCUAUGUGUCAGAUUUGCUUGGCUUCCAAGGAGGGAUGCAUGGGCUUUUUGGCCAGUGUUUCCAGGAGGCUCUGGGCUUCCUGCUUCUUCCCCGCUUCCCCCUGAGUUCACAGACGUUGAAGUUUCCGAAGGUUGACGUCACUGGAAGUCUGACCACAAACAAGUUGGCUGUUACUGUAUUUGAAACCCAGUACCUUUGGCAGCUCACCUCUAACCAGUAAAAUAAGAGGAUUCCAUGGUUUCA